AAGCGGGGUGCAUAACGCCACCGCGUCACUUUGAGGGCGGAUAUUGGCCAGUCCUCCUCCUCCCAUCAUCCUUGAAGCAUCUUCCCUGCACUCUCCCACUCGUCUUCCAUCAGCCUUCAUGGUUCUGAUCUCACCCCACGCCAUGCAAGCCACUCGGGCGUCCACCACCGUCAGUGUGGUUGCAGACUGUGGAAUCCCGGCCGGGCUCCGGAUAGGACCGGUACCUGGCGUCUUUAAAUUGGGGAAGUACGUGUCGGAUCGCAAAGAAGUUGGGCCCAAGAAAAAGGUUCGUUUGGUGCGAGAAGAGUUUGUGGACGAGUCUGGCUGUCCAGUGCCAGACUGGAUCGGACUCAUCCGAGCCGCCAGAAACAGUCAAGAACAAAACUUGGAGGCUGUGUCUGAACUACCUGGCGGACAGAUUUUUUACCGAGUGAUGAGAGAAAUCCCAGCGGGAGAGGAGCUCAGUGUUUGGUAUUCUAAUUCUUUGGCCCAGUGGUAUGACAUCCCCACGACGGCCACCCCCACGCAUGAUGAAAAAGGUGAGGAGCGUUACAUCUGCUGGUACUGCUGGAGAAUCUUCAAAUACCCCAACACACUCAAAGCCCAUGUCCACUUCCACUGCGCACUGAGCAACGGCCGUGGCUUCGUGAAUAGCGAACAGGCCAGAGGCACGGAGACCUUCAGCAGGUCUCCAAAGUCUGGGGACAUCCCUAACACUUCCUCCUCACCGAGGAUCUCUCAGAACAUCUCCUCCAUCUCAGACUCCAACAGGCGGCCUCUGUCCUCACCUUUCUUGGGCAAGGCCGGGCUGGUGAAGAAAAGCAGCUCCGAAGAGCAGGACAGAGCCCUGGACAUGAGCGUCACAUCAUCCCGGAACCACGCACACAUGCUCGGCCUCGGUUCUGCGUCCUCGGUGCUGAGUUCCAUGGGCUUCCACCCGGGUGUGCGCUCCGCCUUCAAGCCCACCGGCGUCGCUAAAGGCCCGGUCAGUGAGGCCCACAGAGAGGACGCCAGCUCCAAGAUGGGCGGUUUGGGGAUCGGCAAACUCAUCGGGAACAUGAAGCCGAUGCGAAGUGUUGGCGAGACGCUGAACGGAAGCGGGAACCCAGCAGCCAAGUGCGCGCCUGCCAUCAUGGACGCUCCUAUGGUGCCGUGCGCCAACUCCAUCCGGGGCUUUCCACUGCUGCCUCAUGUGGAGGAGACGUCAGCUUUCAAGCACGUUGAGAGUCGAGUGCACACUGGUUUGCCCCCGUCCCGGUACCCCCACAUGCCUCCAGGACUCCAUUUUGAAAGGUUUUCCCUGCCUCACUUCGACGGGGUUAAGACUUAUGGUGGCGACUGCAACAUCCCUCUUAUGCCCUUUACGGUCUACAACGGGGAGCUGCUGUACAGUUCACCUUAUUACCCUCUUAAAUUCCAUUUUAGCAACCUCCUCAAGUACCCCGACACCAUGCCCUACUUUGGAGCUCCCCCUAUCAGCCAAGACUUAGGCUCCAUCACCAACAUCGACCGGGAGAUAGCCAUGCACACGCAGCAGCUGUCCGAUAUAGCCGCCGAGAAGAACCGGACCAGAUUAGACCCUUUGCCUGCUGGCAGCGCCGGCAACGGCAGCUCUGGCAAACCCAAAAAGGGACACUUAUGUCUGUACUGCGGUAAGCUGUACUCAAGGAAAUACGGCCUGAAGAUCCACAUGAGGACUCACACGGGCUACAAGCCGCUCAAGUGCAAAGUGUGCUUCCGGCCCUUCGGGGACCCCAGCAACCUGAACAAGCACAUCCGGCUCCACGCCGAGGGCAACACCCCCUACAGGUGCGACUUCUGCGGAAAGGUUCUGGUGCGGAGGAGGGACCUGGAGAGGCACGUCAAGUCCAGACAUCCCGGGCAGACCAUCCGGAAGCUGGACGAUAAGACGGGUCUGUUUGAAGGCGCAGAACCGAAGAGCGACAAUGACAGCGACGUGGACGUCUGCUUCACGGACGAGCAAAGUGAGCCCGAAUCCAGCAAGAAUAACGACUGAGACAAAACAUUUCACGUUUUUUAUUUACCAGUUACAAUUCCAUUACCUUUAUUGACACCUCUAUUGCUCUUCUCUGAAGAUUGCCAUUUGGUCUGUUUAUUUAACAACACUAUAUUUUAUAGCAGGGGUGUCCAAAGUCUGGCCCAGGGGCCAUUGGCGGCCCCCUUUUUGUUUUUAUUGGUCCGUGGCACAUUAUAGAAAUAAAAAUAAACAAAAAAAAGGAAAAAUAGAGCAAAAAGGCACAAAGUAUAGAGAAAAAGGUUAAUACUCUGAUACUAAUAACUAAGAAUAACACAAAGCUUUGUCUUUAAUUACAUUUAUGCUGUUUUUUAAAAACAAAAUAUCUAAGUGACCACUCCCCUCCCGCAUCCUCUGAUUUCUCAAUAAGUGACCCUUGGUGGGAAAAGUUUGGGCACCCCUGUCCUAUAAAAACAAAUAAAUCAAGCGACGAUGGAGACUGUAUGAAACUGGAGCGAGUUGAAAAGUACCACUUAUUAGUAUUUAUGUACAUUUUUUUUUGUUUUGCAGCGAUAAAAAAUGGGCCUGUCUGUUUUUAAUGUAUCACCCUGUUUCACUCAAGGUAUGAUUUGAAAAUGAACACUGAAUUCCACCAAACUGACACAUAAAACUGGUAAAAAAAUAUAUAUAUAUAUUUUGUUUUAUAUUUGUUUUGCAUUAUUUAAUUGGUGAAAUGAACACAAUUCGCAAUAGUCACACUUCUCUAACAAACUGUCUCAACUGCACUUUAAGGAAAACACAAUGGACAUUUCAUUGCAACCAAAUGGCUGCCUGACGAUUAUUAUAAGGAUUAAACAUAUUUACUUUAUGUCAGAUCCUUCGCGCCUCACUCAUGAACACACUGUACUUAAAUUUGCACUUUCUUGCUGUUCUUAAAGAACCUAACCAGCAGCGCCCAGUUUAUUUAUGGAAUUAUUUCUACAGAGAGAAAAUGUAUUGAGUUGAUCUAUGUAAAGAUGUGUAAAGUAUGAUAUUUCACAUUACAGUGUUGUAUGCACUUGUUUAUACGUGACAUUGUCAAAGAGGACAAAAUUUUACCCCUGUCCGAUAUGUGGUUGUUUUUUUUAAUAAAUCAAAUUGAAAAAAAUAUUUUAAGUGUUUUUGCUUUUUUCUAAAAACAACAAUUUAACAUUUUAGAUUAUUUAAUCCCUCUAUGAUUAAAAAAAAGGUGUUAUGUUAGAUUUUUAUCCAUGCAAUUUAAAAUAGAUUACCAAUAGGCCUAUAUAAUACCCUAUUUUAUUUGUUAAACUGCAGUAAUAAAAACAAUAAUUGAAUUAAGCUAUACUGUUUUUGUUCAAUUCUUUUGUUUAUUUAAGUUUUAAUGUUGGUGGAAUUUUUAUCAUUUAUAUUGAUAUAUUAUAAUAAUAGCCUAUACUGUACAACCAAACCUCAAUUGUUUGGCAUUGGAUCUCAGCAAAUAUGCUCAUUCAUUUCAGUGGAAGCUUUUGCAUGUCCACAAAUCAGUUAAUUCUUGACCAUGUGUAAGUGUUGCUUUCAAUUAUUUGCUUAUUUCGUGCCUCACGGCCAUCAUUGUUCUUUGUUUUGAAGGUGUGUUUUUAUGUGUUUAUUCUUGCAGUACAUUUUGACCAAAACAAGAUCGACCCCUAAACGACACUGUCUUUUUCAGCAUUUCCUUGCCAAUUUGUCACAUAAACACAACAGCAUUUUAGAUUAAGCAUAUAAUUCCACCCAUGAAUGAUCAGAAGACAGCAUUUGGAACAGAUUCGAUGCUGCCUCAGUGAGUGUUACAAAAGAAGAUAUGCAAAUGUGUCACUUCAGAAUAUGGAAUAGAAUUGUUGCAUUUGUACCAAUUUUGACAACUGUUGGUGCUGGGGUGCUAUAA